AUGAACAUUAUAGAUGGUCCACGUGGUCCUCCCGGAAUACCAGGAUCCCCGGCUUUCCUCCCCAAGAAAUACAACUUUGGAUCGCCAUUGCCUCACGACACAAUGUUCGAUUCCUUCCCACCGACUUCGAACGUUGGCAUGGGCAUUAAUUCUGCUUCAAUUCUCCGAUUCACUUCUCGCACUUCUAUGCUUCAGGAGUGGGCGUACCACACCCCUGGCGCCCUCGCCUACGUUCUGGACGACGACUCCCUGUUCCUACGGGCGGCUCGCGGAUGGAGGGAAGUUGCUUUUGGAGAGAUGCUAACGCCCCAGAUCGCCAACACGCCCCUACGCCCGACGCCCACGCCCAUGAAUCCGAACGUUGAGACACUGCCCGAAGAGCUGGCGACUGACCUCAGCACCGGCAGAGCGUGGAGGGGAGAGCCGAUGACGACAGACGUGGAGGACAACGAAUGGAAUACGAUGGAGCUCCGCCUAGCCGCCCUCAACGAACCCUGGCAAGGUAGUUUCCACGACGUAGCCUCUCCGGACUACACGUGCUAUCGGCAGGCCAGGAGUGCCGGCCUACGUGGCACUUUCAGAGCGCUGCUAUCGGGCCAGAGACACGACGUAGCCUCUUUGGUCCGUUUUGCCGACCGAGAACAGCCGAUCGUCAACCUUAGGGGUGACCUAGUCCUAGGUCCUGGAGGGACGUGAUGGCAGGUCACGGGGUCAGUUCCUUGAGAAGCCGAGGAUCUACUCCUUCGAUGGCAGAGACGUCUUGAGGGACAGCGCUUGGCCUGUGAAAUACAUCUGGCACGGCGCCAACAAGUACGGCGAGACGGCCUACAACCUCAACUGCAACUCGUGGUCCUCCUCCUCGUCCAGCGCCUUCGGAAUGGCCUCCUCGCUCAACAGCCUGCAGCUCCUCGACC